UGUUUCCCCUGCAGCGUCCCCGGCCAUCUCCUCUGGCCGAUGCCGGCAUCCAGCUUCCAUGUUCCGGUCCCUGUGACGUCGGGCGAUACGGGGGCCAGAACUGGCGGCAAAAUUGAAAGUUUUAAUUUUUUUGUAAACGAUUAUUACAUAGCAAAACAUUGCUGUUUCAAAGCAUUUCACAUACAUUUUGUCCUUACUGCUUUGUCCUGGGCCCUGCCUGCAUUUUGACUGUUCUUUCUGCCUGGAAACUUAGAAAAGUCCAUGGCGUCCAAAAAGCAUCCCUUUAGGUCAAAAGUGGUUUUAGACCAGCUAGAGAACAGCGAUAGUAAAUCAGAACCACUUGCAGAAUUGAGUGAUAAUGAUUCGUGGGGAAAUUCGUCAUCAGACACUGA